UGCAGUCUAGUUUUUGCAGUGCGCUCCGGAGGUUCACCGCGUCAAGUUAAGAGACGUGACAAACUGAUUUUUUUUAAAGAAAAGAAACAAGAAGAUAUGCAAGAAUAAUAAGGAGAGUGUUAUAUUGCAUCUGUUUUUAUCUGCAGUGGAGUUCGGAAUAUACCUUUUGUGAUUAAAAAUAUCUCUGCCUUGGCAGGGGAAGCUGGGAAGGAAGCGCUGGUGUGUGAGAAAGGAACGGUUUGUUGCAUUUAUUUCCAAGCACUCAUACAGUAUGAGGUGCAGCUAUGGCAAGAAGGGGUAAGACAGUAGUGAGGACCCUGGAGGAUUUAACGCUUGAUUCGGGUUAUGGUGGUGCUGCAGACUCCUUCAGGUCGUCCAGCUUGUCAUUGUGCUGCUCAGAGACGCAUCUUCCCUACGCACAUGGAGGGAAUUGCUGGCAUUUAACUGACUCCAUGCACAGUCGACACAACAGCUUGGACACAGUCAACACCGUCCUGGCAGAAGACACCGAGAUCCUGGAGUGCUCCGGCCAGUGCGCUAAGCUACCCGAGCUUGAAGAUGUACCCUGGAGUCUCGGGGAGAUGGAGAAUGCGAUCAAGAAGGAUGAAGAGUUACGCGUGGGGAAUAUUUCUAAGGAGGUCCUAGCCAAGCUCUCCGCGCUGGUCAGCCGAGCGCUGGUGAGGAUCGCCCGGGAAGCGCAGCGCCUGAGCUUGCGCUACGCAAGAUGCACGAAAUAUGAGGUCCAGAGCUCCAUUAAGGUGGUUCUGUCCUGGACCAUCUCCGUCAACUGCAUCACGGCGGCACUCAGCGCCCUGUCGCUCUACAACAUGAGCACAGGGGACCGCUACAGCCGCGGCAAGUCGGCCCGGUGUGGUCUCAUCUUCUCGGUGGGGAAGUUCUUCAGGUGGAUGGUUGACAGCCGGGUGGCGGUGAGGAUCCACGAGUACGCAGCCAUUUACCUCUCAGCCUGCAUGGAGAGCCUCUUCCGUGAGGUGUUCCGCCGGGUCUUGCACAGCGCCGCGGUGGAGAAAGACAACGGGAUCCCGAAGUUAACUGUGGAGUCCUUGGAGCAGGCGAUCAACAACGACUCGGAGCUUUGGGGGUUGCUGCAGCCCUAUCAGCACCUCAUCUGUGGCAAGAAUGCCAGCGGGGUCCUCAGUCUGCCAGACAGCCUCAACCUGCACCGGGACCAGCAGCGGGGCGGCAAGGCCAGCGACGCGCACGUGUUCGGCCAAUCGGAGCUGCGCACCAUGGAGCAGUGCCUGCUGGCCACACGCGUGGGGAGCAUUGCCGAGCUCAGUGACCUGGUGUCCCGGGCCAUGCACUACCUCCAGCCCCUGCAUGUCCGGACCCACAACAAUGGGACUCCCUUGCACCAGAAGGCCACCUGCGUACACUGGGAGCCUGAAGCGCUCUACUCCCUAUGCUACUUCAUGCACUGUCCACAGAUGGAGUGGGAGAACCCCAACGUGGAGCCCUCCAAGGUCACCCUGCAAACAGAGAGGCCGUUCUUGGUACUGCCUCCACUGAUGGAGUGGAUCCGGGUGGCGGUGGCACAUGCGGAGCACAGGCGCUCCUUCUCAGUGGACAGCGACGAUGUACGGCAGGCAGCACGGCUGCUUCUCCCUGGGGUUGACUGUGAGCCACGACAGCUGAAGACGGACGACUGUUUCUGUGCCUCAAGGAAACUGGAUGCUGCCUCCACUGAGGCGAAAUUCCUGCAGGACUUGGGCUUUCGUAUGCUCAACUGCGGCCGGACAGACCUGGUCAAGCAGGCGGUGAAUCUGCUGGGCCCAGACGGAAUCAACAGCAUGAGCGAGCAGGGCAUGACCCCGCUCAUGUAUGCCUGUGUACGUGGGGAUGAGGCCAUGGUGCAAAUGCUGUUGGACGCAGGGGCCGACAUCAACAGUGAGGUGCCAAACACAGUACACAAGUACCCCUCAGUUUAUCCUGAAAUGCGCCAGGGGACUCCUCUCACAUUCGCUGUGUUACACGGACACGUCCCUGUCGUUCAGCUGCUGUUGGAUGCCCGAGCCAACGUAGAGGGCGCUGUCCAAGAUGGAGCAGAGAACUACACCGAAACCCCACUGCAGCUGGCCUCUGCAGCAGGGAACUUUGAGCUGGUGAGCUUACUGCUAGAGCGAGGCGCAGACCCCAUGAUUGGCACCAUGUCGCGCAACGGCAUCUCCUCAACCCCCCAGGGGGACAUGAACUCCUACAGUCUGGCCGCCUCACAUGGACACAGAAAUGUCUUCCGCAAGCUGCUGUCAUACACAGACAAGGGAAAGGGCGACGUGCUGUCCCUGGAGGAAAUCCUGGCCGAGGGCUCAGAGCUGGGUGAGAAGAAGCCGCCCCAGCUGGACUCGGCCCGCACCGGCAAGGCCAGGCUGAAGGCCCUAAAAGAGGCCAUGUACCACAGCGCCGAGCACGGCCAUGUCGACAUCACCAUCGACAUCCGCAGCCUCGGCGUGCCCUGGACCCUGCACACCUGGUUGGAGUCCCUGCGCACCUGCUUCAUGCAGCACCGCCGGCCGCUGAUACAAGGCCUGCUGAAGGAGUUUGCCUGCAUUGAGGAGGAGGAAUACACCGAGGAGCUCAUCACCCACGGGCUGCCACUGAUGUUCGAGAUCCUGCGGGCGAGCAAGAAUGAGGUAAUCAGCCAGCAGAUUGCAGUAAUCUUCACGCAGUGCUAUGGACCUUACCCCAUCCCCAAGCUGACAGAGAUCAAGAGGAAGCAGACCUCCCGCCUGGAUCCCCACUUCCUCAAUAACAAAGAGAUGUCUGACGUCACUUUCCUGGUCGAGGGAAAGCCCUUUUAUGCCCACAAAGUCCUUCUCUUCACCGCCUCCCCAAGGUUUAAAUCACUCCUCUCCAACAGACCCGCAGCUGAGAACACAUGCAUUGAAAUCAGCCAUGUCAAAUACAACAUAUUCCAGUUGGUGAUGCAAUACCUGUACUGUGGAGGAACAGAGUCUCUCCACAUUCGAAAUACAGAGGUUAUUGAGCUGCUGUCCGCUGCGAAAUUCUUCCAACUGGAGUCCUUGCAACGACACUGUGAGAUCAUCUGUUCCAAGAACAUCAACACGGAAACCUGUGUGGACAUUUACAACCACGCCAAGUUCCUGAGUACCACGGAGCUUUCUGCCUAUAUUGAAGGCUACUUCAUGAAGAACAUGGUGGUCCUGAUUGAGACAGAUGCCUUCAAGCAGCUGCUGUAUGAAAAGCCGGCUGAAAACACCAACAUGAAUGUGCUUGUGGACCUGGAGAAGACGCUGGCUACACGCAUCCAUUCCAUCCACCUGUCCUCCUCCAAGGGCUCUGUUGUGUGAAGCCUCUCACCAACCCUAACUGGAACGUUAUCUGAACGUCAUCGUAAUAUUGCUGUACGACUCGCCCCCCGCCCCCACCCCCCCCAUCAACCAGAGGCAGCGUCUAUGAGCCGACUAGUGUGACAUAACCCCCCCCAACAUUGCGGUGACAUCACUUAAACAUCCAUGUCACCCACCUGUCUUUUUCAAAGGGCUGCAUCAUAUGGGAAUUUCCGCUCAUCCAUAGCUAGCAGCCUGGUUAGUUCAUAGUCUUCACGAUGUUGCCACAAUGUUGCCGUCUCAACGUGCUGCCAGACGUCCCAUUCAUAGGCUUCUGCUAAGAGGAAGCUUCUGGAACACACAAGGCCAUCAGCCACACAAAGGAACUGACUGUCCUAAACCUGUAAGAGUAGGGUAGCAUUGCUGCAAUGUUCUAGCAACAUUGUGUGAUUGUUUCGGCUCCCACCUAGCUUAUUCGAAAUGCCUCGGAUUCUCCCCGACCGUGGGUGACCCACGUACAAUAUCAACUGUUAUCCACUUGCUUCCUGGACCGGGAUCUGUCUUGUUGUCACGGAGUGUUCUUUGGACUGCACCACUGUUGGACAGAACCACUGACAACAAAUGUGGGGGUUUCCUUAGUUGACUUUUUGUUUUGUUUUUUGUCUUUUUUAGGCUACUUGUAAUUGUACUACUUGGGUUUAGAACAGACUAAUAAUUAGCAUAACAAGCACUGGUUCACAAUAAUGAAGGUCAUGCAUUCUAAAGCAGUGAUACUAUGUAUAUACUUUAACACCCAUGGCAAAGCUCUGGAACAACCAUAAUGAGAUUUUCCUUCAUAUUUUGUCAGACUGUGUAGAUGUGUGCUUUUUAUAUUGCCUGCCUUAAAAACAAAAAUCUCAAAAUGGGAGAGUCGAUCUUGUUGAGGACCCACAGUCACGGAUGAAAAGUUGUCAACCUGGCAAGUGUCAUUCAGAUUUCCCACUUGGCUAACGGUUGUUCCCCAGUGAGCUGGUAGCACCCGGACAACAAAGCCCUGCUCCUGGUAGCCCACCGAUUAGCCGAGCACAUGACGCGAUGCAGCAUCUAGCUGAGACGGAGAAGUUAAGCAGUAGCAUUAGGUGCAUGCUCUCUCAUUGUGUCGCUAAUGCAUGUGGACAUUUGUGCGGCCGGCUUUGCCCAAUAGGAUUUGCUGAGGCACUGCUCACGUUUUCUAUGGUAAUAGAAUGGGGAGGGUGGUGGGUGGGGGAAC